CGUGCAUGGUUUGUGUCUGAAUAAUUAAUUUAUUACAUAUACGUAAACGGCAUUUUGUUUAUAAAAUAAAUAAUAAUCAGCAAUAAAACAAUAUAAAUAUCAAAAAUAACAACUGAUCAUCAUCAACAAUUGACUAAAAACAAUAAAUAUAUUUAUAAAAACAAAAUAACAACAUUGUUGGAUUAAAAAAAAAAAAGAGUCAUCAUCUAGGCGCCAACAACCAAGGUGUCUCUUUCGAGAGAAAAUAUAUAAUAAAAAAAGAAAAAAAAAAAAAAAUUACAAAUACAGGCAUACAGGAAUACAAGUAUACAACACAGACAACCGGCGUUCUUUGUAUUCAUCAUAGUAUUAUUCUCAAUUUACUAAGCAUUAUCCUAAAAAUUAAUUAAUUUUUUCUUGUUCCUGAACUGUAUCAUCAUCAUCAUACAAGAACAAUACAAAUUAAUAAAAAUCAUCACUGGAGAUUAUCAACAGCUGAAAUAUAUUGGAUGCAGUUUUUUUUUUUUUUUCUCAAUAAAAUUAAGAUAAUCAACAAAACACACACACGUACACACACCCACACAGUCAUAAAAAUAAAAUAAAACAAGUGAGAAAGAAGAACAAUACAGCGUCAUUUAACAAAUUGAAAAAUAAUAAAAAUAAUAAACUUUAAAAACCAAUAAUAAAUGAUUAAAAAAAUUGCGACAAUUAUGUCAAUUAAUUUGCUUAAAAAAAGAAUAUAAAUUUAAAAAUAAUUAGAAGGAUAAAAAAAAAAAAAAAAAAGAGUGCACCAAAUAAAGUGCUGCUCUUAUUUAAAAUAAAAAAAAUAAUAUAAAUUUUUUUUUUUUUUGAAAAAUAAAUAUAACCAUGAAGCUUGUUGACCAGGUGGUAAGGAGUUUUAAAGUAGCGAAAGUAUUUCGUGAAAAUUCUGAUCGUAUAAAUAGCAUUGAUUUUUCACAAAGUGGUGAUACAUUAAUAUCAUGUAGUGAAGAUGAUCAAAUAGUAAUAUAUGAUUGUGAAAAAGGUACACAAAUGCGUACAGUUAAUUCUAAAAAAUAUGGUGUUGAUUUAAUACAUUUUACACAUGCUAAAAAUACAGCAAUUCAUAGUAGUACUAAAAUUGAUGAUACAAUACGUUAUUUGAGUUUACAUGAUAAUAAAUAUAUAAGAUAUUUUCCAGGACAUACUAAAAAAGUUGUAUCAUUAUGUAUAUCACCAGUUGAAGAUACAUUUUUAUCUGGUUCAUUAGAUAAAACAUUGAGAUUAUGGGAUUUACGUUCACCAAAUUGUCAUGGUGUUAUGAAUGUAUCUGGACGUCCAGUUGCAGCAUAUGAUCCAGAAGGUUUAAUAUUUGCUGCUGGUGUUAAUUCUGAUUGUAUUAAAUUAUAUGAUUUACGUAGUUUUGAUAAAGGACCAUUUGCAACAUUUAAAUUAACACCAGAAAAAGAAUGUGAUUGGACUGGUUUAAAAUUUAGUCGUGAUGGUAAAACAAUAUUAAUAUCAUCAAAUGGAUCAACAAUACGUUUAGUUGAUGCAUUUCAUGGUACACCAUUACAAACAUUUGAUGGAUAUGUUAAUAAUAAAGGUAUUCCAAUUGAGGCUAGUUUUAGUCCAGAUUCACAAUUUGUAUUUAGUGGAUCAACUGAUGGUACUGUGCAUAUAUGGAAUGCUGAUACUGGAUUUGAAGUAUGUACAUUAAAAGGUGAUCAUCCAGCACCAGUACAAUGUAUACAAUUUAAUCCAAAAUACAUGAUGCUUGCAUCAGCAUGUACCAAUAUGGCAUUUUGGCUACCAAGUCUUGUUGAUGAUGCGUAAAUUAUUGCUGCUUUUUUUUUUUUUUUUCUUUUUUUUUUUUCUCAUCAAUAUCAUCGUCGUCGUCGUCAUCGUCAUCAUCAUCUUUAUCAAAACAUCAAACACUAUUAUUAUUAAUAUUAUUAUGUUAAUUAAUAGUUGUCGUUGGACAAUAUAUAUAUAUGUGUGUGUGUGUGUAUGUGUGUCAAGAACAUUGAAUGUACGUAAACAACAUUCUUACUGUGGAAUUGUCAUAACUUUUUUUUUUCUUUUUUUUUUGAUUAUUAAAAUAAAGAAAAAACAACUUUCAAUAAAAUUUUUUCAAGACAAGUGAAAAGUCUAAUGUGUG